AUGGCGAGAAGGCUCCUGCAGCUCGUCGCCUUGUGGACUGUCAUGAUUGGCGUUGUGCAGUGCUGCCCGGAGCUCUGCAGCUGCCAAGACAAAUUCGCCCACCAGUUUGCCGACUGUGCUUACAAGGACCUGCUGGAGGUACCUUUGGGUCUGCCCUCCAACGUGACCACCGUGAGCCUUUCCGCCAACAAGAUCAAGUUACUGAAAAGCAAAAGCUUCGUAAACAUCACCCAGGUCACCUCCCUCUGGCUGGCCCACAAUGAGAUCGUUACCAUAGAGACGGACACCUUGGCCCCCCUCAUCCAGCUCCGCAACCUGGACAUCAGUUACAACAAAAUUGUGAACUUUCCAUGGGAGGAUCUGCACAACCUCACCUCCCUGCAGCUCCUGAAAAUGAACAACAAUGAAAUGGUGAACCUUCCGAAGGAUGCCUUCUCCACGCUCAACGACCUGAGGUCACUGCGCAUCAACAACAACAAGUUUACCACCAUUGUGCAGGGAACCUUCACCGCUCUCUCCGCCAUGUCCCACCUUCAGAUCUUCAACAACCCCUUCACAUGCUCCUGCCGCCUGGAAUGGCUCAGGGACUGGAUCUCAACAACCAAAAUCUCUGUUCCUGAUCCAAAUUCAAUUCUGUGUGACGCCCCCGAACACAUGAAGGGUUCAAUGGUUACAAACAUCCCUAAACUGGACUGUAGGGCCCCAACUGUCGAUAUAACCUAUGAGCCCAACAUUGAGAGCACAGAGCUUUAUGAGGGUUACCUGGUCAGCUUAAACUGUGAGUCCAAAGGAAGUCCCAAACCACAACUCACUUGGGAGGUGAUAGCAGGAAAUCAAAAUUAUCUCUUCCCCCUGCCUUCCACUGUAGAAAUAAAUGAUGCGCCAGUUAAUGAUAAAACCACCAAUAAUCGAUUCCUUGUCUUCAGAAAUGGCACUCUCAUCAUCCCUCGUUUGAGUAAAAAGGAGGAAGGAAACUACAGCUGCUCUGCGGUGAAUGACUUGGGCAGAGCAGAGAGCAGUGUUCGAGUGGUGGUGGCAGGAGCCACGAAACAUGCCAGCAACUCAAUACCUGACCCUAAAAUGGACAAAUUGAAUCCAUCUGGUAAAAAAACCACAGACUCAAAGACCCCCAAAAACAAUGUGAUCAACUGGACCAAGCCUGAUGAGAAGACAAAGAGUCAGGAAGGUUCCUUAGACAAAACAGACGACAUGGCGCAGGUUGAUGGCGUCCCGAAGGACCCCACCUUUGCGGGCAAGUGCGGCGUUAGAGACAGCAGCGAACACAUCUCCAACCACGCCUUCAACCUGAGCCUGGACGACCUGAAGCAGUACACCUUUGAUUUUGGUGUUAUUGCAUUAGAGGUGUCGGAGACGGAGGCCAAAGUGCAGCUGAAUCCGCUGCAGCUUCCCAGCAGCAAAUCCAACCUUCAUCUGAGUCAAAGUGAAAAAGAGAAAACAGUGAAUAAAGAGCCGAUAGGUUUGUACCAGAGCUCUGCCAGUCAAUCCACCCUGGACAUGCUCUACCUGUGCAUAAACACAGGCUACGGACACUCCAUUGUUCAGUGGUCCAACAUAGAGGAGGGGGUUAAUGCCUACCACUUCCAUGGUUUAAAGCCUGGCACCAAUUACACACUUUGUCUCACCUAUGGGGGGCAGGACUGCCAAGUCCAAGUUGUCUUCACAACCAGGAAGAAGAUCCCCUCCCUCCUCAUCAUCGUUGUUGUCAGCAUUUUCCUUCUGGGUCUGGCCACUGUUCCUUUACUGGGGGCCACCUGCUGCCACCUGCUCUACAAGUACCAAGGCAAGACCUACAGGCUGAUCAUGAAGGCGCACAACCCGGAUCAGAUGGAGAAACAAAUGGCCACGGAUUUUGAUCGCAGGGCAUCUUUAGUGGAGUCCGAGAAAACCUUCGACCCCAGCGAGGGGGAUGGAGAGGCCGAGGGGGAGGAAGGGGACGGAGAGGGUGAGGCGGAGGGGAGCGUGGUGACCGAGUCCAUCCCCGGGUCCUCGUCCAAAACCAACCAGGAGGAGUUCGAGAUGGGGUCCGAGUACAGUGACCGGCUGCCGCUGGGCGCGGAGGCGGUCAACAUCUCGGAGGAGAUCAACGGCAACUACAAGCAGCCGAGCCGCUGAGCCGCGGGUCUGUGCGGGUCACAUGUAACAUAUUUUGCUUUGAAAUAGCCUUCAUCCAAGCAGGUAACUCACCCACCAUUACCACACGUGAAAAACGCCUGAUGAAAGAGGUGGAACUUUUAAUUCUGUCUCUCUCUUUUUCUUUAUACCUCAGCAACUCCGCCAAUCACCGAGAUCGUGAAUAGAUUCA